UUAUGACGGAGAACUGUUGUUGUACGUAGCGUUAGCUUUUGUGCUACUUUUCACAAACAAACGAUUAAGCAUUAGUUUCGCUCCCAAUGUGCAUAUUGUGGGACAUAAAGGAGAAUAUAAUAGCCCUGCAGCACUAUUAAGAGUUCGCCAACAGGCUAUUUUCCGUCUGUAGUCCCUGGACAGAUGUUGAAAGUCAUCCUAAAAACAAAAAUUCACUUCAAAUAACAGUGCAGACAGUAAUGCCAUAAAGAAAGGAGGCACGUUUUGAGGAGAUCUCUCUUCAGAAAUGGCGACUGAACUCCAUGAGGCUAUCUUCAUGGCUAAGCAGGAGCGCCACAAAAACCUGUUUCUGAACUACAGGAACCUGAACCACUUCCCUGUGGAGCUGCUGAAAGACGAAGGCCUUCAGUUCCUGGAGAGGCUGUACAUGAAGAGGAACUCACUCACCACACUGCCGGACGACCUCGCUCAGAAGCUCCCAAAUCUAAUCGAACUGUAUUUGCACUCGAACAACAUCAUCCUUAUUCCUGAAGCGAUCGGCAGCCUGUCUCGUCUGCAGUCGUUGGACCUGAGCAACAACGCGCUGCAGUUCCUCUGUCCGGAGAUCGGACGCCUCAGAUCUCUGAGACACCUCCGACUGUCCAACAAUCAGCUCAAGUGCUUUCCUCCAGAGAUCGGGGACCUUCAGGACCUGGAGACUCUGGAUGUUUCCAUGAACCAGCUGACGUUUCUCCCCGAGCGUCUGCAUCGCUGCGUGUCUCUGCAGAAUCUCACCGCCGACCACAACCUGCUGACUCGAUUCCCCCGACAGCUCUGCUGGCUGCAGCGCCUCAACCAUCUCUCGAUGGCCGCCAACCGCCUCACCUUCCUGCCCCUCGAUCUGGGCAGAUCGAGAGAGCUACAGUUUGUGUUUGUUGACAGCAACGUGGAUCUGAUAGGAUUUCCCUCCUAUCUUUACAACAAGGUCAUCGGCUGCAGCGGGUGUGGUUUGUUGGCCCAGAUGUCAAGGGGGGGGAGUCAGGCUCUGGUGGGCCUCCCCGCGGAGGUGAAGUUGAUGAACUCAGAGACGGAGAACGUGGUCCCCCUGGAGGAGCUCGCCCUGAGGGCCCUGCACCGGAUCUACUACCACGGCAAGACAGACCUAGCCCCCUCCCUCCUCAGCCUGCCCCCGCCCCUCUGUCUGCCCCAGAGUCUCCUCCAGCUGCUCCACUUCCCUCUGGGUCACUGUCACCGCUGCAGUCAGGCCAUGUUCACCACCGCCUUCCCCAAGCUGUUCCCUCUGAGCGACACCGUGCUGGCAAAGGUGCACCGCAGGACGACGGUGAGUUUUGUGGCUUAUUGUUGCUCCAGUCACUGCCUCCGGACCUUUUACCUGCAGGGAUGAGGACACACACACACACACACACACACUCACUCGUCCAGCAGACGCAGAAUGUUAGGAGGUUUUUUUAUUUUAUGGACACAAGGCUCGUUGAGAACCUCACCAAAGACGUGUGUGUGUGUGUGUGUGUGUGUGUGUGUGUGUGUGUGUGUGUGUGUGUGUGUGUGUGUGUGUGUGUGUGUGUGUGUGUGUGUGUGUGUGUGUGUGUGUGUGUGUGUGUGUGUGUGUGUGUGUGUGUGUGUGUGUGUGUGUGUGUGUGUGUGUGUGUGUGUGUGUGUGUUAAACUAACAUGAUGACAGCUGAAGUAUUCCACGCAAACAUUUAUUGAGGAUAAACUUUUAUCUUUAACUUUUAAUUUUACUACCGUUUUUGAAUAUUUCUCAGUGAGUUCAAGAUUGUGUUUUUAUAUUUAACUCGUUUCUGAAGCAGCUGCGUGUUUCUCCGAAUGGAAGGACCGUUGUUGCACGUUUGCCCCGGUCAGCCAUCGUUGGAAUAAAGCACCACUUAAAUAUUAAACUUUUGUUGAAUAGAGAAUGACGAUCCCUUAGUUCUUGUAAAGCAUGAUUCAUUUUGUCCUUUGAUUGUGUGUGUGUGUGUGUGUGUGUGUGUGUGUGUGUGUGUGUGUGUGUGUGUGUGUGUGUGUGUGUGUGUGUGUGUGUGUGUGUGUGUGUGUGUGUGUGUGUGUGUGUGUGUGUGUGUGUGUGUGUGUGUGUGUGUGUGUGUGUGUGUGUGUGUGUGUGUGUGUGUGUGUGUGUGUGUGUGUGUGUGUGUGUGUGUGUGUGUUAUAGUCAGUGGCAGAUUGGAUAUGCUACAUGUUUAAGGUUCAUGUUUAAACGUAAGUAAAAGGAAUGAUGCCGUUGUUGCUCCAGGUCUGUUCAGUUGGAGGUCUCCUGGGUAACUGAUGCUUGUGUGUUGAUUAUUAAUGUUGUCUAAUUUCUAAUGUGUCUUUUGUGUUGACUGUGUUUCAGUAAAUAUUGACUCGUUUGAC